ACCUGCUGCCGGCCAAAAAUGGAGAGGAGCCCACCAUACAGUUUCUGCUGGAGAUCGUCGACAUCCUCACCAACUACGUAAAGAAGACCUUCGACCGCUCCACCAAGGUGCUGGACUUCCACCACCCCCACCAGCUGCUGGAGGGCAUGGAGGGCUUCAACCUGGAGCUGUCCGACCAGCCCGAGUCCCUGGAGCAGAUCCUGGUGGACUGCAGGGACACGCUCAAAUAUGGCGUCCGGACAG